AGAGAGAGAAAGAGAGAGAGAGAAAGAGAGAGAGAUUAACAGGGAGUAGGAGGCAGGCGCAGUAGCAGACUCCUAUAUCCGCCAGACGGGGACGGACGCUGCCAGCUGCUAGCUAAGUUAGCUAUAGUAGACAGUUAGCGACUAGCUUCAGAGUCCUAGCGCCUUUACUACAUAAGAGGGACUGAGCAAGAGUGUGUGUGUGUGUGACUGUGUGUGUGUGUGUGUGUGUGAGACAGCGUGUGUAUCGACGCUUUGAGCGCCCGCUCGGCCGUCCCGAAGUCACUCCGUGUGUACCUGUGUGUGUGUGGGUGUGUGGGUGGGUGUGUGUGUGUGUAUAUAAACCCCUCAUAUCUCCUUCCUCUUCCGAGCAGCAGCGGUGUGUCUGUGAUUGUGUGUGUGUGUGUGUGUGUGAGUGAGAGGUUAGCAAGCAGAGAAGUUAACGCACACAUAUAAACACACUCUGAUAGUCGGCUGUUUACACUCGGUGUCCGGUUACUUGACAGCGGAUUCACAUCCUUUACUGACACCGACAGAGCACCAGCAUGAUGUUGAGGUACGCUGUAGUCCGAGGUGGCCUCGGCCUCUUGGCCGUGAGGAGGACAUAUCUUAUCUCUCGCUUCGCCCACUCUGCCCCGCAGAGCGAGUAUCGACCAAUCAAGAAAGUCAUGGUGGCCAAUAGAGGUGAGAUUGCUAUCCGUGUGUUCAGAGCCUGUACUGAACUGGGGAUUCGAACCGUGGCCGUCUACUCUGAGCAAGACACUGGACAAAUGCACAGGCAGAAGGCAGACGAGGCUUACCUAAUUGGAAAAGGCCUGCCACCUGUUGCAGCAUACCUGCACAUACCUGACAUCAUCAAAGUGGCCAAGGAGAACAAUGUGGAUGCUAUCCACCCAGGCUACGGUUUCCUCUCUGAGCGGUCAGACUUUGCCCAGGCCUGUGCAGACGCAGGGGUGAUGUUUAUUGGACCAUCACCUGAAACAGUCCGCAAGAUGGGAGACAAGGUGGAGGCUCGUUCCCUGGCCACGUCUGCAGGUGUACCUGUGGUCCCAGGAACAGACACCCCAAUCUCCUGCCUGCAAGAGGCGCAGGUGUUUUCCCAAACAUAUGGCUUCCCAAUCAUCUUCAAAGCAGCCUUCGGAGGAGGUGGUCGUGGCAUGAGGGUGGUCAGAGAGUACGAGGAACUUGAGGAGAAUUACCAGCGGGCCUACUCUGAGGCCCUGACGGCUUUUGGGAACGGAGCCCUGUUUGUUGAGAAGUUUAUUGAAAAGCCAAGACACAUUGAGGUGCAGAUCCUUGGCGAUAAAUAUGGUAAUGUCAUCCACCUCUACGAGAGAGACUGCUCCAUUCAGCGGAGACACCAAAAGGUUGUGGAGAUUGCACCGGCUUUCCAACUGGACCCUCACCUGAGAAACCGACUUCACGCUGAUGCUGUCAACCUCGCCAAACAGGUGGGCUACGAGAACGCUGGUACUGUGGAGUUCCUGGUGGACAAACACGGCAAACACUACUUCAUUGAAGUCAACUCUCGACUCCAGGUUGAGCACACGGUCACCGAAGAAAUAACUGAUGUGGACUUGGUGCAUGCCCAGCUGCAUGUGUGUGAGGGCCGCAGCCUGCCAGAACUGAAUCUCAAACAAGACAAGAUCAGGGUAAACGGCUGCGCGAUCCAGUGCAGAGUGACGACCGAAGACCCAGCCAGAGGCUUUCAACCAGACACUGGAAGGAUUGAGGUCUUCCGAAGCGGCGAAGGCAUGGGCAUCCGUCUGGACAGUGCUUCUGCCUUCCAGGGUGCUAUCAUUUCCCCCCACUAUGACUCCCUGCUGGUAAAAGUCAUAGCCAGUGGGAAAGACUUGCAGACAGCAUCUUCCAAGAUGAGCCGAGCCCUGGCCGAGUUCAGAGUGCGAGGAGUCAAGACCAACAUCCCGUUCCUCCAGAAUGUUCUGUCCAACCACCAGUUCCUCCACUCCACCGUGGACACCCAGUUCAUCGAUGAGAACCAGGAGCUCUUCAACCUCAAACCUACUCAGAACCGAGCCCAGAAACUACUGCACUACCUGGGUCAUGUGAUGGUAAAUGGACCAACCACGCCCAUUCCAGUCAAAGCUAAGCCUUCGUCCACAGAUCCUGUCAUCCCUCCUGUCACCAUGGGCGACCCUCCCGUAGGUUUCCGUGACAUACUGCUGCGUGACGGUCCUGAGGGAUUUGCUAAAGCUGUGCGUGCCCACCAAGGUCUGUUGCUAAUGGAUACCACCUUCAGGGAUGCCCACCAGUCACUUCUGGCGACCAGGGUUCGGACCCACGACUUGAAGAAGAUCUCGCCAUUCGUCAGCCACAACUUCAGCAACCUUUUCAGCCUGGAGAACUGGGGAGGUGCUACCUUUGAUGUGGCCAUGCGCUUCCUGUCAGAAUGUCCAUGGAAGAGGCUCCAGGAACUGAGAGCUUUGAUCCCAAACGUCCCUUUCCAGAUGCUGCUGAGAGGGGCCAACGCCGUGGGCUACACCAACUACCCUGACAAUGCUGUCUUUAAGUUCUGCGAGGUGGCCAAGGAGAAUGGCAUGGAUAUCUUCCGUGUUUUCGAUUCCCUGAACUACGUGCCAAACAUGCUGCUGGGCAUGGAGGCUGCUGGAGCAGCAGGUGGCGUGGUGGAGGCUGCCAUCUCGUACACAGGCGACGUCUCUGACCCAAUGAGGCAGAAGUACUCCCUGGACUACUAUCUGAAACUAGCAGACGAGCUUGUCAAAGCCGGGACCCACAUCCUAUGCAUCAAGGAUAUGGCUGGUCUGCUAAAGCCGGAGGCCAGCAAGCUUCUGGUGGGCGCUCUGAGAGACCGUUUCCCGAAUGUACCGAUCCAUGUGCACACACACGACACGGCUGGAGCUGGUGUAGCCGCCAUGCUUGCCUGUGCUGAGGCUGGAGCAGACGUGGUGGACGUGGCUGUUGACUCUAUGGCCGGGAUGACCUCUCAGCCAAGCAUGGGAGCCAUCGUGGCCUGCGCCAAGGGGACCAAGCUUGACACCGGCAUUGCUCUGGAGAAGGUGUUUGACUACAGUGAAUAUUGGGAAGUAGCCAGAGGCCUGUACGCUCCGUUCGACUGCACCGCCACCAUGAAAUCUGGCAACGCUGAUGUCUAUGAGAACGAGAUUCCUGGAGGACAGUACACCAACCUUCACUUCCAGGCUCACAGUAUGGGACUGGGAAAUAAGUUCAAGGAGGUGAAGAAGGCCUAUGCUGAAGCCAACAAACUACUAGGAGACCUCAUUAAGGUGACUCCAUCCUCGAAGAUCGUGGGUGACCUGGCGCAGUUCAUGGUGCAGAACAACCUGACCAGGGCAGAAGUGGAGGAGAGGGCAGACGAGUUGUCCUUCCCCCUGUCUGUGGUCGAGUUCCUGCAGGGAUACAUCGGGAUACCACAUGGAGGAUUCCCCGAGCCCUUCAGGUCUAAGGUGCUGAAGUCCCUUAACCGUAUCGAGGGCCGCCCUGGUGCCUCUCUGCCACCCAUGGACUUCAAGGCCCUGGAGGAGGGGAUUCGAGCUGCCCAUGGUGAAGAAAUUACCCCAGAGGAUGUGAUGUCAGCAGCCAUGUACCCCAAGGUGUUCCAGGAGUUCAAGGAAUUUACUGCUAACUUUGGUCCAGUGGACUGUCUCAGCACCAGGCUGUUCCUGGAUGGACCCAAGAUCGCAGAGGAGUUUGAGGUGGAGCUGGAGAGAGGGAAGACUCUCCACAUCAAGGCGCUGGCACUGGGUGACCUGAACAAGGCCGGCCAGAGAGAGGUCUUCUUUGAGCUCAACGGACAGCUGAGAUCCGUGCUGGUUAAAGACACCGUCGCCAUGAAGGAAAUGAAGUUCCAUCCUAAGGCUCAGAAAUCCAUCAAGGGUCAGGUUGGAGCACCCAUGCCUGGAAAGGUGCUGGAGGUCAAGGUGGAAGUUGGAUCGAAGGUGGAGAAGGGUCAGCCGCUGUGUGUCCUCUCGGCCAUGAAGAUGGAGACCGUGGUCAACUCCCCGGUGGCAGGGACGGUGAAGGUGGUCCAUGUCAUGACCGAUUCCUCCCUGGAGGGAGAUGACCUGAUACUAGAAAUCGAGGAGUAGAGUUAGAGGGAGGCAGGGGGAGUAUUAGUGGUAGGAGGCGGGAGUUAGACAAUCUGAUUCUGGAAAUGGUGAGGUGGAGGAACAGAGGGGAUUAGGAGGAAAAACAGGAAUCCUUUUCGUCAAAGGCAAGUCUCAUCUGUGGCAGUACUGCAGAACAUUUUGGCCCGCAAUUUGUACAUUUUCUGUUUGCUUAUGCAUAUCCAGACACCUGAUUGGUGUUAAGAGUAGAUAAUAUGGCAAUCCUAAAUAAUACAUUAAUUUGAUAGGAACUCCUUAUUGAAUUGUACAACUAAUCAAACUCUGCUUAAUUCUCCCUAGUACUCCCUACAUGUGGUGAUUAGGUCAUAGCAGUUCCUCAGUACAAUUAUUAAUGUCUUAAUUUGUGGAAAAUGAUAUAUUUUAGAAAGAUAUAUUCAAAUUGUGAUACAUUCCAUUACUUAAAUAAUAGUCUUAUUGUGUGUAACACUAACAGGGUUGUAACAUCCACUUGCAAUUAAAUGCCACAGUUUCCAUUUCAGUGCUGUUGAUGUUGCCUAAUAUAUUCAAAGUGAGUAGGUGAAACUUUAUAUUGAUGACUACUAAAUGUUUUUCUUUGUAAUCAGCACAGUUCAGACAAAGAAAGAUAGACUUAAAGAUGUAUUACCAGAUAUUUUUUUCAUAUGGAAACAAUAUUUUCAUCUUUGGGCAUUCUCGCCUUUUCAACACAUUUUUGUCAUUAGUCGCACUGCAUCCUCAGACUGUGUAAUCACUGAUUUAGACUCACUUUUUUUGCAUGUAAAAGAAAUUCAAAUUGUUCUUUGGAAAACACGAAGUCCAGAGUGGCUGAAGGAAAGAAAUCACAAUGACCAACCUGUUUUUGAUAUAUAUGAUACAAAUAUUUUCACAAUUAGAGAAGCACAACACACAAGUGGCACCAUGUUAUGUUUUUGGGACACAAAUGUACAUGCCAGAAACGUCCAAUAUUACAAUAAAGUGAAAAUGUAUUCUGUUACUGUAUCAGUAAUAGUAGAUGGUUUAUUUCUUGAUAGAUCUGUACUGGUGUUGAGAAUGUUUCCCUAUUCACAGCUGUCUUUAAAAUCCCAGAGCAGAAGCAUGCUGUGGCAACAUUGUUGAAAUGAAGCUGUAGGCCAUGUUGGAAACACCCAAACAGGAUUAGGUGUGAUUUUUAUAAAGUACCUCUGUUAUAAUCUAAAAAAAUGGCCUUCUUAAUCCAAAGCCGGCUGUAGGGUGGCCCACUAAAACCAAUUAAUCAUUUAAAAAGGUGUAAAGUCAGAGUUUGUAUGGUGGCUUUUGGGCCUUUUUAGUUCAAUGUUGGAAAGGAGGAGUGGUUCCACCCUGUCUUUUCAGAACCAGGCAGAGAUUAUGGUGAAUGGCCUUCUGUCUGGAUGGGGAUUUUAAUGCUAGGUGUAAAUGGGAUUACAUGGUGGUGUAAUGGAGGCAUGUGAUAUUUUCUGAGGCUCUGCUGAUUAAUUUAUGAAUUAAUUCUCUGUCAAAUGAUGUGAAAUUAGCCGGACUAAUAAGAGACUCUGGAGACUCCCAGUAGCAGCACUCAGCUUUAUAUUUCUAAUGCGUGUGUGUGUGUUUGCAUAAAUGAGUCUAAAUGGCUGUGUGUAUGUGUGUGCAAGCAAGCAAAUUUUAAGACAGUCUCCAUAAUGUUGCACCUCCAGAGCUGAAAACACAUUGUAAAAGAAAUGAAAUAUUCAUACACAUGCACCAAUGCAAAAUACUCACGCUAACACUCCCAGUCCUUGAGUGCUGCCUGGAUCAAAAGGAAACAAAACCAAAUACACUGCACAGUGGUGUGGCUGCAUCUCCAUAGUAACGCUGUAUCCGAAACAUUUAACGGCAAUGCAGCAAUGACCCCACUCAGUUUUUUGAUGUAGUUAAAUACUGAAUUAAACCCACAAGAUUCAACUUGUCAACUGUCAGCUGCAGGCCUUUUAACUAUUUCAAGGAAACCGAGGCCAAAUUGAAUGUUUAACUACCAUGACCAGUAAAAGUAGACCGUGGACAAGCAGGAAAAAAUUGAUCACAUCAGUUAUAGCCGGAACAGAAGUGUCACAAUCUGCUUGUAAUACAAUGAAGCGUGCAGUGUUUGGCGAACCAGAAAAGAGACUACAAAGGUCUGUGCACGUUCAACAGAAUACAUCGACCCAAACACAAAAUUAAAGUAUCAGUUUGUACUUGACUGGAUUGUUUCCAGCAUUUUUGCUCCAUUACCUCUGAGAAUGAGUCCCCUUUUGAACCAUGCAUCAAUACUGAGCAGCCAUGCUGUGGUUAAUUAGAACACUGAUACGCCCACUGCCAUGCCUCGCUGUACCCCCGACUUUAUCAAUCUGUUGAAUGGGAUGGAGAUGCUGAAGUGUUUUUGACAAGCUGUUGCACAAUAAAUGUAAAGUUCCCUCCUCCUCUCCUUAUUAGCUCUCCUUGUUAAUCUGCUUUCCCUGCCUCAUCUAUUGAUCCAACCAACCACCUUUUCUUCAUGUUUUCUUCUCCAUACCCCUCUACAGUGUAAAUUUGCACAUGUAAGAUGAUGACAUUGACUCAUGCAAUAAUGUAAACUGUAUCGCUGUGUUUCUCUAUGUCUUAGCCAGCAGUGAUUGUAAAAACUGUGCUUAUGACAAUGUUCAGUGUCUGCGAAAAAAAAGAAUAAAUCAGAUAUAAAGUACA